GUGGUGUAGUGCAGGACAGUAAAACAACCAGAAAUCCAUAUUUUUCCACAGUAGACGGUGGAAAGAGGAGCUGGAACUGUGGCUGCGUUUGCUGAGGAACACGGUCAAUAAGAGCGAAACGUUUCUGUGUGUUCACUGUCAUCGCACUCAGAGCAGCUGUGAGGAAAGCAGGGCAGAAAGAGAGGAAGGGGAGGUGGCGACGGCAUCACGGGCAACGAGCAAGAGGAGAGGAGGUGAGUUCAUGUGGAGGAGGAGUUUCACAGAGCGUGAGAGAGGCUAUUAGAGAUGGUGAGAAAAAUCAGGAGAGAGAUAGAGGUUAUGUGAGGGAGGAAGAUGCUGUUGCCAGGGAACGAGACUGAGAGAGAAGGAACCGUCUUUUGCAGUUUGGGAGAGGAUGAAAAGUCAGUUCAAGAUGGAUCCAAAAUGGACUAAACUGGAGGAAAACAGGUGAUCCUGCCAACGACCAGCCUGACACAAUCAAAGGAAAAAGUCAGGCUGGGAUCCGUCUGGAUGACAGAUGAGAGGACAGUGAUGUCACCUCCAGACUCCCUUCAUCGAUCUUCUCUCCACAGGAAGACACGACUUCCCUCCAUCAGCAACAUCAGUACGCAACAGGAACUACGGCGUCAAUAAAGACAGGAGCGCACCACCUGGAGAGCGAGCAGCUGUGCCCGACCUCCCUGCAGAGGAUGGGUACAGCAGAAGCCACUUUACGCAUGGACAGCAUGGAGGUCAAGGACGAGUGGCAGGACGAGGACUUCCCCAGGCCGCUGCCAGAGGACGGAGUUGGUCUCACUGACAACAGAAGCAAUCCUCCCACCAGCCUGAAUGUCGGGGAGUCCAUGAACCAGAGGAAGCGCCGCACGCUGGUCGCCCCCGACAUGAACCUGUCCCUGGAUCAGAGCGAGGGCUCCGUUCUCUCGGACGACUUCCUGGAAACGCCCGACGACCUUGACAUCAACGUCGACGACAUUGAGACUCCAGAUGAGACCGACUCGCUGGAGUUCCUGAACAACGGCAACGAGCUGGAGUGGGAAGAUGACACUCCUGUGGCCACAGCCAAACGUCUUCCAGGUGAAGGUGAAGAAGAGAGAGACUCUUCUGGUCGUCUGUGGCGAACGGUGAUAAUCGGCGAUCAGGAGCAGCGAAUUGACAUGCAGAUCAUCAGACCUUACCUGCGAGUGGUCACCCAUGGAGGUUAUUAUGGUGAAGGUCUGAACGCCAUCAUUGUGUUUGCAGCCUGUUACCUCCCCGACAGCAGCUGUGAUGAUUACACAUACAUCAUGGAGAAUCUGUUUUUGUACGUUGUGAGCAGCCUGGAGCUGCUGGUGGCUGAAGAUUAUAUGAUUGUUUACAUGAACGGUGCAACUCCUCGCAGGAAGAUGCCUGGAAUCAGCUGGCUGAAGAGAUGCUACCAGAUGAUUGACAGAAAACUGAGAAAAAACCUGAAGUGUCUGAUCAUUGCACAUCCAACAUGGUUUAUCAGAACCGUCCUGGCCAUCUCAAGACCAUUCAUCAGUGUGAAGUUCCUGGAUAAGAUUCGAUACGUUCACUCCCUGGAAGAGCUCAGUCACAUCAUCCCCAUGGAGCAUGUGCAGAUUCCCGACUGCGUGCUGCAGUAUGAUGAAGAGAAACUAAAAGCACAAAAGUUGAGACAGGAACAAGAGCAGCAGCAGACCAAGUCAGCUCUUCCUGGAGAAAGGCCAAAGUCGAUGCUUGCAUCAGUCAACAGUGACAUCUGACAUUAAGCACAGUGAGUUGAAGAUCUGCUGGGGAACGGUCGUUCAGUAAACUCAGCAGCUUCUUGCACAGAACGGACCCGUUAGCUGCAGGACAAUCACUCCUCAGUAUUUCUCUUGUUUCUACAUAAAAUAAAUUCAGAACCUGUCAACAACAAGAUGUUACAGAUAAAAUUGUUUGCUUUCUGCAUGUGAGAUUGAGCUGUUCUAUGAUGCAUGGCAACUAUUUUAAAUUAAAACCGUACAGACUCCUAAAACCGAUUCGUCUUGCAGAUACUGUAGAAUCAAACUGAAAUAUUUUGGCAUGGGUUUUUCUUCGGUUUAAUACAUUUGCUCACUGAAUGAUGCCCAAUGACGUUCUUCUUCUUUAACAUGUUCUAGAUGUUACUGAUGCAAAAGUAUUGUACAGUCGUCAGGUUUUCCAGCGUUAAAUAUGCAGUUGGCAUGCUUGUUUGUAUCCUUUCCUUCUUCGGUAUUUGUAUUUGUCUUGUUUUUAAAUUAUAAAGAAAGGCAGUACUUUUUCAAGACGGAAAGACUGAAUUGUUAUAGAUAAAAUAAAAUAUAUUUCGAGAAAGAGAACCUGAAGAAUUACUUUAACUGUUAUCGAUGAAAAUGUGCCAUUUAAUGUUUCUAAAAAAUAAAACAAAAUUAAAAAAUAA